CCACUUUCUUUUCAAAACUUUUAAUUUGCUAUACCAAAGAAAAAAAUAUGGGUGUAAAAGGCAAGUUGAUUGGAUCAGUAGAGGUGAAGUGUGGAGGACAUUUGGUUCAUGACAUUUUUCACAGCAAAACUCAUCAUAUACCGAACAUAUGCCCUGGUAAGAUCAACCAUUUUGAGAUCCAGGAAGGUGAAAACAUAAAAGUUGGUUCGGUCGUGAGCUGGAAAUAUAAUGACGAUGGAAAAGAUAAGACUUGUAAGCAAGUGAUUGAAGCCGUCGAUCCUCAGACGAAAACAAUCACUUGGAAAGUGAUUGGAGGAGAUCUGUUAGAAUUGUACAAUUCUUUCACUAUUAUCACAUCCUGUGACCAUCAAUGGACUACAUGGACAUUUGUGUACGAGAAGAAAACUGAAGACAUACCCGAGCCUCUCGUUCUCUUGGGUUUUGUCCUUCAUGUGACCAAAGAUAUAGAAGGUCACCUUCUCAAGUGAUAGAAGAUCGAUGCUAUCCAAUGAAUGCGGAUAUAUAUGUAUGUUUACACAAAUAUAUGUGUGUUGGUUUGUGUGAUGACUAAUCGACGAUAUGGCUAGAUGGUUCUGCCUAGCGUGUGAAAUAAAUAACGUUGAUUUUUAAGAAUACAUUAUAUGUGCCCCUCUCCUUAAAUGGAUGUAUCUUCCAAUGGUACCGAUAUAUGUAUGACAUUAUGGAUUUUUCAA